CCGAUCGAGGAGAGGAAGUUCACUAGAGAGUUGUUCUGCCAUAGCCGAUUAAGAUAACGAAUUUAUAUUUUGUCUUCAAGAGGUUGCGUCUUCAAUAUGGACUUUAUUGAUGAAGAUUCCUGUGAUGAGGACCUGACUGAGUUCACGUCCAAGUUCAUCUCUGCCACGGCUCUGGAACGCCUGCAUCCAUCAGAAGCUCACAGACCCCUUCCCACAGUUAGCCUACCAAGGCUUAAUGUGGACCUCAGGGCUGAGAUCCUGAAGGCUGUGCGGGACGCUGCAAGAGCUCAAGAGCAGUCUUUGCAGGCGACCAUAGAGAGCAUGAAGAGAGAGCUGGAGAAGACCAUGAAGAGCAGACAGGAGGAAAGACAGAAGAAGUUAGCUGUCCUGCUCGAGGGUAGGCAGACGAGGGUCGCGCAAAUGGAGAAAUGGAAAGAGGAGAAAAAAGCCAUCCUCCAUCGAAGAAGUGGCGGACACAAUGAGGAAGAAGCAGAGUGUGCCGUUGCAGUGCUGAAGGAGGCAAUUGUUCACUUGCCCAGGGUGAUACACAGCCUGGAUCACUCGAGAUCAGUGGAGAUUGAGGAGCUAAACAAGAGAGAGGAGGAAGAGGACUGUUCGGAGCUUGAAGCGUGGAAGGAACAACGUUCACACUUGGCCACCAUCAUCAAGGAGCAGAACAGAGAGACAGUGGCCAGAGUCGCUCAGCUCUGGAAGUCAACGACGGAGGGAGAAAGCAGAAUGUGCAAGAAAACCAGUGCUGUGACACUGGUUGUGCCAUCCCAGCUCCCUCCACUGCCAGCCAAGCUCCCUCCUCUGCCAUCUCCACUGCCAUCCAAGCUACCUCCUCUGCCAUCUACACUCACAGCCAAGCUACCUCCUCUGCCAUCAAAGCUACCUCAACUGCCAGCCAAGCUCCCUCCUCUGAACCUACCCCUGCGGAGGGCACUCCGUACAGUUGCACCUCUGCCUCCCAUCCAGUCCAAGACCAAACAAGAGGACCUGGAGAGCAUUUCAGAUCAUCCCACACAGGUGAGACCUUUCCAGUCCAGGACCAAAGAGGACAUAGAGAGCAUUUCAGAUCAUUCCACUCAGGUAAGUACCAUCCAGUCCAAGACUGAACAAGACGGCCUAAUUCUAGAGAGUAUUUCAGAUCAUUCCACACAGGUAAGAGAUUAACAUUAAGAUCAUCAGAACCACAUGUCAUACUUUUCACCAGUAGCCUAUAACUAGGUAUAGAGCUUUAUGGUGUAUGCUAAUGUAAUCUACACAGAGACAAAAGUUGGACAGUGCCGUAAUAGCCAAUUAGAAGUCCAGUCUGCCUGCUGCAGACAGUAAACAUCUCUCUCUCUCUCUCUCUCUCUCUCUCUCUUGACACAGAGUGCUGUGGCAGAGCAUUUGAUGGUGAAUCUUGAUGCUGAUGGUCAAAGUCCAGAGGCUUCUAGCAGGUCCUCUGAGUCCCUAGCGGCAGGUGACAGCAUGGUAAAGCAGGAGAAGAAAAAGACGAAAAGCAUUAAAAAGAGGUUUUUCCAGUUCCUCCGAAAGCUGAACUGCUGCAGUGCCAAAGAGGACUAGAAGACCCAUCCACCCACCUUCAUUAUUUUCAUUAGUUUAACUUUCAUAGCCAUCAUAAAUACAUCUAAUAAAAAUUGAUGGUCACAUU